AUGAUUGGGCUGAGGAGAGCUGGGCUCCUGGUUCAUCGCCGUAAUAUCAUCUCGCCCUUUCCGCAGAGUGCGCCGAGGACCCGUAAGACAAAGUUGUUCGCCUUUUGGAACAAACAACGGCAGCUUCCGAGCAAGUCUUGCCUUAUGUUCGGAUUGACGGAAAAUUGCACCCCUACAAAAUUCACCUGCGAGAAAUGCCAGCCAACCCAACACCUCGGGAGCAAUGUGGCCGAGCUUGAGGUGGAGGUAGCUGACCCGCGAUGUUGCAAAGAACUGGCGGAGGUGCUCCAGAUGUCCUUCUGGCAGAUAGCGGGCGCCACAAGAGAGCCCCGGGUUGAGACUGAUGACCGGAAAGAGAGAGACGGUCUGUGGAACGUCGGCCUCACAGAUUCUGGUGCCGAGGAUCUCGCCUCUGCUCUCAGAACAAACCGAUCACUGACGGAGCUGGACCUUGGGUGUAACGACCUGGGAGAUUCGGGAGUGAAACUGGUGCCUGCGGCUCUGAGGGACCCGGAGAGUAAACUGCAGAAACUGGGUCUGACUCGUGUCGAACUCACAGAUUCUGGUGCUGAGGAUCUCGCCUCGGCUCUCAACACAAACCGAUCACUGAGAGAGCUGGACCUCAGUAAAAAUACACUGGGAGAUUCGGGAGUGAAAUUUCUGUCUGAGGCUCUGAGGGACCCGGAGUGUAAAUUACAGACACUGGGACUCCGAGCCGUCGGCCUCACGGCUCCAUACGUCAGGUACCUCGCCUCCGCUGUCAUGGCAAACUACUCACUGGUGGAGUUGGACCUCGGAAAGAACAAGCUGAGAGAUUCCGGAGUGAAGCUGCUCUCGGCAGCUCUGAGGAAAGCCGGCUGCCAUCUACGGAAGCUAGGUCUGUACGCGGCGGAGCUCACGGAUUCCUGCACCGACGACCUGGUCACCACCCUCGGCGUCAACCGCUCCAUCACGCAGCUGAACCUGGGAUCGAACUCAUUCACAGACCUGUCUGUGCCCGCGCUCUGCCUCCUGGUACAGUCCCGCGAGAACCUGGAGCGGAUCAAGCUGUGGGAGAAUCAGUUUAGUGCAGAGGGGCAGAAGCAGCUGCAGUCACUGCAGGGGACCAGUUUAUCAGAUCGCACUUUAGCUAGGGUGCGGCAACGACCCAGGGACCAAGUUGCUCGCUUUUGGAACAAACAACGGCAGCUUCGGCGCAAGCUUCCCAGUGCGUAUUUGCAAAAUUCUGCCCGAGCUAUGGCUGAGAUUGGAAAGAGCAGAGAACAGCCAGUAAACGAGAGGACACCGGAAGACGCGGGUCCGAGCUCUCCCAUCGCCCGGCUUCUGGCAAACUGGGACGACUUCCAGCUGUUCCAGCUGACGAAAUUCUACCGGGACCGGCUGGAGCAGGCGGUGGAAGGAGGGGUGAACAGAGUCAGCUCGGCGUUAGCGGGCCAGUCUCUGUUCAGUGGACAAGAACAUGAGAAAGUCACCGAGCUCGCCGAUCUAGGAGAGCGGGCGGACAGUUCGAAACUCCUCCUCAGUCUGGUGAUGGAGAAGGGCUCCCAGGCCCGGAGGGUGAUGUGGGACACCUUCGUGGACAUGAGGGACGGGGUCCCGAAGUUGGACAAAAUAUUGAAGGAAAUCCUGGGCGACGGUUUUGUUCCGUAUGAGUACAUCAAGAUCACGUCGCAAGCGUCCACCCUACCGGACAAGCUGAAAGACGUUCAACAGAAACAUAAGGACGCACUGCUGGCGCAGACUGGCACCCUGAGAGUGAGCACCGUGUUGAAGAGCGCGGCAGCCGGCGCUUUCCAGCUGGUCGAUCGAUACGUCGAGCUGACGAUCAUCUUCACCGUCCGCGACCGGAGGCUGGUGGAGCACGAGCUGCUGGCAAGAGGCCGGGACCACGAGGAGUGGAGAGAGGAGCAUCUCCGGACGGAGCUGGAGAAAAUCCGGACGGACCAGCUUUUCCAGAGCAGCUUUUCCCGGACUAAAUCCCAAUCCGGGUGUUCGGCAGCAGUGGCCGGAGUGCCGGGGAUCGGGAAAACGACAAUGGUACAGAAGAUCGUUAAUGACUGGGCCACGGGGAAAAUAUACCAACAAUUCCAGUUUGUCUUCAGAUUCAGGUUCCGAGAUUUAAACACGAUCAAUUGCACCAUAAACCUGUGGAACCUGGUACUCAUUUUCUAUCCCUACUUGACGAAUGUUCUCGGUGAGCUGUGGAAGGACCCAGAGAAACUGUUGUUUAUAUUUGAUGGUCUGGAUGAAUUUAAGGACAGAAUCGAUUUUGCCGACGGUCGGAGAGACACAGAUCCUCAGCGCAAAUGCACAAAUCCCGAAUUCCGGUGCAAGGUGUCGGACAUUGUGUACAAUUUAAUCCAACACAAGCUGCUCCCAGGGUGCUCCGUGCUGGUGACCACCCGCCCCACUGCGUUGUAUUUGUUGGAAAAGGCAGACAUCAGUGUCUGGGCCGAAAUCCUGGGGUUUGAGGGUAAGGAACGGGAGGAAUACUUCCACAGGUGUUUUGAAGAUCAGACGGUGGCGGCUGCUGUUUUCAAACACGUGCGGGAGAACGAGAUCCUGUAUACCAUGAGCUACAACCCCUCCUACUGCUGUAUCCUUGCUCUGGCACUGGGCCCCUUCUUCAUGCAAAGCGGCAGGGACUUGCGUCGAGUUCCCAGGACCGUCACCCAAGUAUAUUCCUACUAUAUCAGCAACAUCCUGAAAAACCACGGCCGUGAGAUUGAGAGCCCCCGCGACGUGUUACUCAGGGUGGGCCAGAUGGCCUUCACGGGAGUGCUCGAGCAGAAGAUCGUGUUUACAGAUGGAGAUCUGAUCAGCUACAACCUGCGGAAUUCCCAGUUCCUGUCCGGGUUCCUGGGGGAGCUUCUGGAGAGACAGGAUUCCGCCCACAGCGUGGUGUACACAUUCCCGCACCUCACCGUCCAGGAGUUUGUCGCCGCGCUCGGACAAUUUCUGACUCCCGGCCCUGAAGAUGCGCUGGAGCACCUGGCUGAAGCGGACAAAGCGACAGACGGCCGAUUCGAGAUAUUUCUCCGAUUUGUCGCCGGCUUCACCUUCCCGGGGUCGGCGGAACCAAUUGAGGAGGUUCUGGGCACGCUGCCUCGUCAGACAACGUUGCAGGUGACUGGCUGGGUGGAGGAGAAGAUUGCGCGUCAGAUCGAAAAGGCAAAGGGGGACUCCGGCAACAGAGGCCUCCUGAAUGCAAUGCACUACCUGUUUGAGUCUCAGAAUCGUGAACUGGUUCAGGCCAUAAUGGGAUCCGUGGUAACUCUUUCGUUUAGUUACCUAAAGCUGACUCCGAAUGACUGCGCCGUCCUGUCUCAUGUCAUUGCGUUCUGCGGCGUGAUAAAGCGCCUCGACCUGCAGAACUGCCACAUCCUGUGCGAAGGGUUCCAGCAGCUGGGCCCGGGGCUACAGAAAUGCCAGGAGCUAAGAGUGGCGAAGAAUCCGCUGGGAAAUUCGCAGAUGAAGCAGCUCAGUGACGCCCUGGUGAAACCGGGUUGUAAAAUGCAGAAAAUGCGGCUGGAUAACAAUAGUUUGACAGCGUCCUCCUCCGAGGACCUCGUAACCGUCGUCAGCACCAUCCGCUCUCUGACCGAGCUGGAGCUUGGCUACAAUAAACUUGGAGAUUCUGGGGUGAGGAAACUUCUGAGGGCGACCCUCAGUCACCCGGAAUGCAAAAUACAGAAACUGGGGUUAAGUUUCAAUUGCCUCACGCCUGCUUGUGCCCAGGAUAUCGCCUCUGCUCUCAGUGCCAACCGGUCGCUGAAGACUCUGAACCUCGGAUCAAAUGACCUGAGAGAUUCGGGAAUUAAACUGGUAGCUGCGGCUCUGAGUGGGCCGAACUGCAAAAUACAGAAACUGGGGCUCUGGGCUGUCGGUCUCACCGCGGCGUGCGCCGAUGAUCUGGUCUCCACACUGACUGCGAGUGACUCACUGACCGAGCUGGAACUGGGUUUCAAUCAGCUGGGCGACUCGGGAGUGGAACGAUUGUGUUCGGCGCUGAGGAAGCCGCAAUGUCAACUUCAGGAACUGGGGCUUGACAACAAUGGUCUCACGCUCUCUUGCGUCAAGGAGCUCGCCUCCGCUCUCAAAAGGAACACCUCGCUGCUGAGGCUGGAUCUCGGCUUCAAUCGCCUGGGGGACUCGGGGGUGAGCAUACUGUGGCAAGCUCUGAACGUCCGGGAGUGCAAACUACAGGGAUUACGACUCAGGGCCGUCGGUCUCACGGACUCCUGCACCGAACAGCUCCUCUCCGUCCUCGAAUUCAACUCCUCCCUCAAGGCUCUGGACCUGAGCUCAAACGCCUUCACGGAUGGAUCGAUACCCGCUAUCCGGCGCCUGAUCAUGAACCGAAAUAGCCUGGAGAACAUCCAGCUGGUGGGGAACCAAUUCACCUCGGGUGGAGAGAAGCAGCUGCAGUUGCUGCAAGGGAUCAGAAACAAACUGAGCGUCUUCGUGUGAACUUGGGACUGUCCGCAUUCACGUCAGCCGACCGCACCCGGCCGCCUGCUCCAGCCUGAAGUUCGGCCCGGCGCUGCCGUGAGCCCCGGGUCAGGCUCGGCCAGUGUCACUUCGCCCAGUGAAACUACAACGUUUCGUCCUUCAGCUCGCCCGUGACUCCCAUAAGAGGAGCGUGGAUUCAGGAGUUCGUACCAACGCCAGUCGCCGCAGGUGGGGUGCUUUCAACAGUACUGGCGUGAUAGUCGUCAUCAGUCCGGUCAUUGGGUCUGGGAGUCGGCACAUCACGUUGCCGUUCUAUCAGAGGGGCUCCACCUGGAGUAUCAUAUUCCAUUCUGUUCGUCCUGUCGUGGGGGUGUCGCUAUUAAACUGUAAAGAUUGCGGAAAGAAGAUUUACGAGGAUGCCGCAAGGACUCCGGCGACUGAAUUACAAGGGGAGGUUGGCCAGCCUAAGACUUAAUUCACUGGAACGUAGGAGGGUCGCGACAACUGCACGAGGCGAAUGGUGCGUCAGACGCUGUUCAGCUGUGUGUUCGAUGGUCUAUGUUAAUUAUGUAUAACAUCUCGAGGGGUGCGGUGCAAGGGCUUGAAUUUCGGGAGAUCUAACAAGAAUAGGGCAUUCCGUGAAUAAGAGGACCGAUGAGGAUUGUUAUAAAUCAGAGGGACCGAGGAGUGUAAGUGUAGAGUUAGCUAAAAGUAGAGCAAAGAUUGACAGGUUGGUGAAGAAGGCACCUGGUACAAUGGCCUUCAUCAGUCAGGGCACUGAGUAGAGCAAUGCCAAGUUAUGUGCAGUUAUAUUCAACGUUGAUGAGACUGCACGUGAAGUACGUUUUACAGAUUUGGUCAACCGGUUAAACGAAUCGCAUUAAUAAAGAAAAAAAAAAGAGUGCAUAAAAUAUUUACCGGUAUGUCUACAAACCAUGGGGGUCUGAGGUACAAACAGGGUUGCAUAGGCUGGGAGAUUGAAAAGCAACCUGAGCGAGUAAAAUAAGAUCAUGGCCCUUUAAGCUGCGCGGGUGCGCGGCCGCGCAGUAACUGAAAUGCCCGCGUGAACAUGGCUGUCGUUGCCGCGUACCCUGAAUUUUCUUUUAAAUAAUGUUAAUAUAAUUUUGAAAUUAUGGUAAUAUAAUUAUUAAAUAAAUUACUCUGCAAUUAA